AACUCAUCGAUCAGUUGCAAUCAAUUAUUGAAAAAGUAAUUUAAAAAAACAAAAACAAAAAUGCAAAAUUAUAUUUUUAUUUAUUUAGGAGUGAUUCUUCUAGUGUUUCAGUGCUAUUUAACGUCCCCACUGCCGGACAGCGAUGAUACUCCAAGUGCGGAGGAUAAAAAAUUAAAUGAACAUAAUAAGUUGUACAAGGAGAUGUUGAAAAAGUUCACAGAUUUCACAAUUGAAAUCAGUGAAGAUUUCCUUGAAUUCACUACGAAGAUCACAGAGGAGAUAAAGCAGAACAACGAAUUACCCGAUGUAGAGCAUCCCAAUCGACGUCAAUUAGAAUUUACUAAAGCGUUGGAACACAUCAAGAGCUCCGAAAGCGAUCAUACUUUAUUGAAUAUGUACAAGUUGACCGAAGAUAUAGUUGAAGCAACAAAAACACUCGACGAUCCCAAAUUUCUUACCGAGGAAACAAAAAAACUAAUCGAAAAAUACAAAGUUCGCGAAUUUAUGAAUAAAAUUCGUGAACGUUAUAUGAAGUUCUACGAAAGUCUCUCAGAAGCGGUUGAUGUUUAUGCGGACGAAUUAAGCGAAACUCAAAAGCAUGAACAACAAAAAUUACUGGAUUGGAAUAAAGAUUUAAGCGAAACGAAAGAUUUUCAAUCAAAAACUGAUAAAUUUUCAGAUUUCUUUGAUUUCUUUAAGCCAUGCUGUGAAGGCCUGUAGAUCACAACCUAAUAAAAUGUUCUUAAUAAA